ACGUUGGCCAGAAGUUACUCAGUCACCAUGAAAGUGUUCGUAGUAUUGGCUCUGGCUUUGGCAGCCGUUUCUGCCGAGACUGUCCAGCAAGUUCACCCCAAGGAUGUGUCCAAGGACACAAAGAUCAAUGGCCGUAUUGUCAACGGCUACCCUGCAUAUGAGGGCAAGGCACCUUACACCGUUGGACUGGGCUUCAGCGGCAACGGCGGAUGGUGGUGCGGAGGUUCCAUCAUUGCCCACGACUGGGUUCUGACUGCUGCUCACUGCACAAACGGAGCCAGUCAGGUGACCGUCUACUACGGCGCGGCCUGGCGCACCAACGCCCAGUUCACCCACACCAUUGGUAGUGGCAACUUCAUUCAGAACACCAGAUGGCCCAACGACAACGGAAACGACAUCGCUUUGAUCCGCACUCCACACGUGGACUUCUGGAACUUGGUCAACAAGGUCGAGUUGCCAAGCUUCAAUGACCGCUACAACAUGUACGAUGGAUCAUGGGCCGUGGCCUGCGGCUGGGGUCUUACCACCGCCGGCUCCCAGCCCGACUGGAUGGAGUGUGUCGAUCUGCAGAUCAUCAGCAACUCUGAGUGCUCCAGGACCUAUGGCAACCAGCCCGACGGCAUCCUAUGCGUCUCCACGUCUGGCGGCAAGUCCACCUGCUCGGGCGACUCUGGCGGCCCUCUGGUCCUCCACGACGGCGGUAGACUGGUUGGUGUCACCUCCUGGGUCGCUGGCAAUGGUUGCACCGCUGGUCUUCCAUCUGGCUUCACUCGCGUCACCAACCAAUUGGAUUGGAUCCGCGAAAAAUCUGGUGUUUCGUACUAAUAAGCCCGGUUUAAAAUUUUAAUAAAAAAAAUUCAUUAACAACAAAAA